GUUCCGUCACUGAUCUUGUCCUUAACGGAGGUAGAGCCCCUUGGGGAAAAUAAUGAGUGCUGCACAUAAUGAUUGCCAUGGGUUCCCAGUGGCGGCAAUUGCAACGCUUGGUUCGGAUAUUGCGCCCAGAGGUUCGCCUGCUGCCAGCCAGCUGUCAGUGGCGAAAUUCCGCUAGAUUUUGGCACAACUCGGCUGUCCAUUGUCGCCAGCCGCCAGCCGGCAAUGGAUCGGCUCGGGGAAAGAGCGGGGCUGGUGGUACGCUCUCUUCCUGGGGGACGGAAGACAACGAGGAGGGGGACCUCGUAGACAACGACGACGAUGAAGAAGAAGAAGAAGACGACCUGGACGACGUCGAAGACCUGGAUGUAGAAGACAAGUUGUUGGAGGAGUCGAGAUUACCUUUUGUCACCCUGGAGGCCCAAAAGGUGUUUAUUGUACACCCGGCUGUGAAAUGGGGACCUGACAAGCCGAAGCUGACCACAGCUGAAUUGCAGCUAGCUGAAGCUGUUACUCUAAUAAACACCCUUCAAAACUGGACCGUGAUAGAUACAAUCAUUCUGCCUAUACAAAUUCCUGACAAGAAAUUUAUCUUUCACAAAGGAAAUUUUCAACUUCUAACUGAAAAAAUUAAAAGAUUGCCUCUUUUAUCAUCUGUCUUUGUAAAUGUAGAAAUGCUCUCUCCUAUAACUAAAAAAGAACUUGAAAAGGCCUGGGGCUUGAAGGUUUUUGACAGAUAUACCAUUGUCCUUCAUAUUUUCCGAUGUAAUGCUCAAACAAAGGAAGCAAAACUCCAGAUAGCUUUGGCUGAACUCCCACUUCUAAGAACCAAUGUAAGAAAUGAGGUUGCUCAAUUAGAUCAACAGAGAGGUGGCUCAAGAUACAUUAUGGGAUCAGGUGAAACCUUCAUGGAAAUUCAGCUUCGUCUCUUAAAAGAAAAAGAAGUUAAAAUUCGAAAGGCUCUAAGGAAGCUUAAAAAAAAUAGAAGUUUACUCAGAAAACAACGGAAGAAAUCUGAAUUUCCAAUUAUUUCAGUAAUGGGCUAUACUAAUUGUGGGAAAACCACUCUAAUCAAAUCCCUCACAGGGGAUGCAAAGUUACAGCCUCGGGAUCAACUUUUUGCCACAUUGGACAUUACAGCUCAUGCUGGCUACCUGCCAUCUCGAUUGACUGUUCUGUAUGUUGAUACCAUUGGAUUUCUCUCUCAGUUGCCCCACAAUCUUGUUGAAUCAUUUUCAGCUACAUUAGAAGAUGUAGCUUGCUCAGAUUUAAUUGUUCAUGUGAGAGAUGUUAGCCAUCCAGAAACCAGCCUCCAGAAAAAAACUGUAUUAUCAGUUCUCAAGAAUCUUAAUAUUCCCAAUCAUCUACUUGAAUCCAUUAUUGAAGUACACAAUAAAGUGGAUUUAGUAGAUAGGUAUCAACCUGAAGAACAAAAUGCUAUAGUCACUUCAGCUCUCCUUGGAUAUGGUUUAAAAGAGCUGAAAGAAGAAAUUGAGGCAAGAGUUUUGAAAGGAACUGGGAAAAAAAAUAUGACAAUUAAAAUAAAUUUAUCUGGACCUCAGCUCAGUUGGCUGUACAAAGAAGCAGUAGUACAAGAAGUUGAUGUUGCUCCUGAAGAUAAUACAGCUAAAGUAAAGGUCAUCAUAAGCGACUCUGCCCUCUGGAAAUGCAAACGGCUAUUUCCUCAGUCUAGUUAUUUGUCUUGAUAACCGCAGCCUGCUUUGCUUCUGGGAGAAAGGUCCUCCAGCAAAUUUUUAAGAGACAAGAGCUCCAAUCGCAGUGAUGAGACUGCAGAUACAACGUUGACUCCAGUGGACUUAAAAAUUAAUGUAAACAUGGUUAAUAAAACUGUUACUCCUGAUAUAAAGCUUGCCAACUUUUCAACACUGAGUUAAUGAUGACCAUGAGAAGAAAGCUGUUCCAGGACAAUUUUAAAUUUUUGUACAGGAAGUAGUUAUCUAUAUGCGACAAUUAUAUUGAAUAGAGGUUGAGGUGUUUCAUUUAUUUAUUAAAUUCAUAUGCCACACAUUUCAUUGUCAGGCAAUUCUGGGCAGCUUGCAACGUCAUAAAACAUUAAAUACAUGUUUUACACAGCAAUAUAAAACAUUAAAACACUGGGCAUUAGCAUAAAACUGGGUGAACCAACAACUUGGGGUGUAGAUGAGAUCGUCUUACUAACCACCUAUAGCAGAGGAACCUCCAUCAGGACCCAAGCCAAUUGGCAAAGCCAGAUUUCCAGCCCUUUCACAAGGCCAAGAGAAUUAGAGUUAGUAUGCUUAAUGCUGGAAAAUAUACACUUAUAGGAGUAUAUGUGACUUGGUUUUGAUUAUGUGAUGGAUGUUGAUAUUAUAACAUGUCAUUUGGAGUCUCUUCAACUGUUGGAAUAAUGUGUGAUUGCUUUACAUGAGAUUCAGAGUCUUACAGCUAAAAAAAAUCUAUAGCUGAAGAGGGGGAAAGAAAAUAAGCAGCUCAACCCAGAAAAGCACAGCUCAAAUGGAAAUAUCUAGGAUAAUAUGCUGUAUGCUUUUCCCCGAAGGUUGGAGGUCUCAAUGUAUAAUAUUACCCAUUAGUUUAAUUCUAUUUUUGGGGUACAGAACUAGUUGUCACUCCUGCUACAGGUAUUGUGGAAGAUUCUCAGAGCAAACAUCGCAGCAAACAGUUAUUUGGGAUGGUAGAUCAAGAAAGUGGCAGGGAGGGUGCUAUUCACAGUCCACUUCCCAUUCCAAAUCCAUUGCCUGUGAAAGAAGAUAUACAACCUCAUAAACCUCAGCCAUUAUGAAACAUUUUCCUUUCUUCAGCAUAGUUAAGUCCUGCUUCUUGUCAGCACUUCAAGCUGCAUUUACUCUAGUGCUGACAUAAGAAGGAGAAGCGGAGGCAUCUGGAAAGGGAUGUUUGACUUUUCACCUACUUAUUUUCCCUGGAGAUAAUAUCCCCUAGGGGAUGGGAUGGGAGGGGGGAAAUUCCUUUGAGCUGGAGCAGUAGAUUAGGGAUAGAGUGACUUGGAAGAUGGCCAAUGAGUGCAGGGGAGUGGGAAACGGAAAGGGAGGGUUUUGGGUCUGGAAGUCAGUGUUGGCUGCGAUGGAGUCGGAGUUAUAAUGUCGUGCUUAAUAAAUGGGAGUUUUUCAAAAGAGA